GGUUUUGUGAAGCCCCAUAACACACCGCGCGCAGUUGUCAUGGCGGCUCACUGGUGAAGAAAGACAGCGAACGACUUAAACGGCGUAAGACGGAGGACAUCACCACAGACAACACGUGAAGAUGAGUACUCAGUACAGCAUACUGUUCAAACAGGAGCAUGCCCAUGAUGAUGCCAUAUGGACAGCAGCUUGGGGAAAAAGUGAGAAGGAUGGAUCAGAGACUAUUAUCACUGGCUCUCUGGAUGACAUGGUGAAAGUGUGGAAAUGGUCAGAUGAAAAGUUAGAGCUGCAGUGGACUUUGGAGGGACAUCAGCUGGGUGUGGUGUCUGUGGACAUCAGCCACAGUGGCUCCAUUGCUGCCUCCAGCUCCUUGGAUGCUCAUAUCCGACUCUGGGAUCUGGAGUCAGGCAAACAGAUCAAAUCCAUGGAUGCAGGGCCAGUUGAUGCCUGGACUGUAGCUUUCUCCCCUGACUCCAAAUACAUCGCCACAGGCAGCCAUCUUGGGAAGGUGAACAUCUUUGGAAUUGAGAGUGGAAAGAAGGAAUACUCCCUAGACACCAGAGGGAAGUUCAUUCUGAGUAUCGCCUAUAGCCCAGAUGGAAAGUACUUAGCCAGCGGUGCCAUUGAUGGAAUCAUUAAUAUCUUUGAUAUUGCAACUGGGAAACUGCUGCACACGCUGGAAGGUCAUGCUAUGCCCAUCCGAUCUCUCACAUUCUCUCCUGACUCUCAGCUCUUAGUCACAGCCUCAGACGAUGGCUACAUCAAGAUUUAUGAUGUGCAGCAUGCUAACCUGGCCGGCACGCUGAGUGGACAUGCAUCCUGGGUGCUUAAUGUGGCCUUCUCACCUGAUAAUACACAUUUUGUCUCCAGCUCAUCAGAUAAAAGCGUAAAGGUGUGGGAGGCAAGCACCAGAGCAUGUGUCAACACAUUCUUUGACCAUCAGGACCAGGUAUGGAGUGUGAAGUACAACAGCACUGGCUCGAAGAUCAUUUCUGCUGGGGACGACCGAGCAAUCCACAUAUAUGACUGUCCCAUGUGAAGCACCUAAAGGAACCGAAAUCUCCUCCUUUACAUCAGAGCCACUGGGCAGGAAGGCCUUGAGUGUGCUAAUCCAGGAUCAGCUAUCCCCUGUUCAUAUGUAACUAAGUUUAGAAUAUAAAUAUGACCAAAUAAGGAUAUGAAAGUCAAGACUGAUCCUAGAUCAGCACUAUUAAUAUAAGAAGAUGCAUACAGUCCCUGCUGAUUCUUAAGACAUGGUUUUCCCCGUUCAGCCUGGACAGCUUUGUGCUCACUUCAGCUCACGGUCUGGAACUUUCAUCCACCUCCGGCAAUGAAUUCUGUAUCUGGUCCUCUCUGUAUAAACAGAAUCCUUUCUGUUUCUGUGAGCUAUGAUUCUGUCUGCUGUUGAAUGCUGCAGAAAGCUCUGCACUGCUCCUUUUACCAGCUAGCUUUGGGUCAAUCUGCAAAAAAGCAGUGCCUGCACACACUGUGUCUGAGAUAAUAUGGGAAUGAUCAUUUUCUUUUUUUAUUUUAUGGUUUUGUGAACCAUUGCCAACUUGUCAGACAUUAAACCUUUUUUAAAUACUU